UCCAGAACCCACCUCUUCCUCUUCUUCUUCUCCGCUAUAAAUCCACCAUUGAAAUGCUUCUUUCUUCACCCUGUAAUCCGGUAAGAUCUCAACUGCAACUCACUUCAAUUCGCUCGAACUUCGUAAGAAGAUCAACAACUCGAAAUGGAUAUCAGUUUGAUGGGCUUCGACACCCCUUUCUUCCGCAACCUCCAUCACAUCCUGGACGCCACCGAUGACGGCAACAACAACAACAAGUCAAGCACCGCCGGUCCUACUCGCGCUUACGUCCGGGAUGCAAGAGCAAUGGCUGCAACUCCGGCUGAUGUGAAAGAGUAUCUCAACUCUUACGUCUUCAUCGUGGACAUGCCGGGUCUGAAAUCCGGCGAUAUCAAAGUCCAGGUGGAGGACGAUAACGUGUUGGUGAUAAGUGGAGAGAGGAAAAGGGAACACGAACAGGAAGAGAAGGAAGGAGUAAAGUAUGUGAGGAUGGAGAGAAGGAUCGGUAAGAUCAUGAGGAAGUUUGUAUUGCCAGAGAAUGCGAACACGGAGAAGAUAUCUGCGAUCUGUCAAGAUGGAGUUCUUACAGUAACUGUUGAGAAACUUCCUCCACCGGAGCCCAAAAAGCCUAAGUUGAUCCAGGUUCAGGUUGCUUGAUGUGGUAAGAAAUUUUACGAAUAAUCUGUAUCUUGUUUCUAGAAUAGUAGUGUGUUUCUAUGAGCAAUAUGGUUUGAAUUUUUGAAGAACGAGUGGGGCAUAAAUCGCUCGAUAUAUGUAAUGGUUUGUUGUUUUGCUAUGUAUCUCUAUCGCUAGCUAUUACUGUAAUCAAUCUGUGUUGUUUGAUUUUGUUCAUCUUCUGAUUUUCAUUUUUGUGGGAGAUGAAUGGCUAUGUUCAUGGUUGAUCUC